UACAACUUAAAUCUAGGUUAAUUUUGUUUUACGGCGUGAGAAAUAUUUUUCAUCUAUAAUUUAUAAUACUGAUAUUAUAAAUACAACAGAGAUGUAACUUUUUCUCACUUACAAUUUUAUUUUAUAUUUUCUGUCCAGCAUCUAUAUUUACUGUGAACUUUGAACCACAAAUUUCUCCAAUCUUUUCGUCCAGACGCGUGGCGCGUGGAUGCAUUCACUCUUUUUGCACGUGCCAUUAUUGGAUGAAUUAAAUUAAAAUGACGAAGUUGUACGUUUUGUUUGAACAUGCAGCCGGGUAUGCCGUAUUCAAAGUUGAGGAAUUUGAGGAAGUUGGCAUGUUAUUACCCCAACUAGAAGCUGCCGUACACGAUCUGGGUCGUUUUAAUAGUAUUGUAAAACUCGUCGGGUUUUCUCCCUUUAAAACUGCUGUGGCAGCUCUAGAAAAUGUAAAUGCCAUUUCUGAGGGAAUUCUACCAGAAGAUUUGCAACAAUUUUUGGACAUAACGAUUCCUAAGGGUGGGAAAAAGAACAAAGUCACUUUAGGAGUUAGUGAUCCUAAACUGUCUGCUGCUAUAACUGAAGGUCUGGGUUUAAAUUGUACACAUGUUGGUGCUGUACCUGAAGUCAUUAGAGGUAUUCGUCAUCAUUUCCAUAAUCUUGUAAAAGGUUUUACUGCGAAAAGUUCUGCUGUUGCACAAUUGGGUUUAGGUCAUUCAUAUUCUCGUGCUAAGAUAAAGUUCAAUGUACACAGAGUCGACAAUAUGAUUAUCCAAUCUAUUGCGCUUUUGGAUCAAUUAGAUAAGGAUAUUAAUACAUUCUCUAUGAGAAUCCGUGAAUGGUAUUCGUAUCAUUUCCCAGAAUUGGUAAAAAUAGUGCCAGAAAACUACACAUACGCGAAACUCGCCAAGUUUAUAAAAAAUCGUAAGGAACUUAGUGAAGAAUCUUUAGACGGACUUGAAGAAAUUACAAUGGAUUCUGGAAAGGCUAGGGCUAUUCUAGACGCGUCCAGAUCCAGCAUGGGGAUGGAUAUCAGUGUGGUCGACCUACUAAAUAUCGAAAUGUUUGCCGUGAGAGUGAUUUCAUUAGCGGAUUACAGGAAACAAUUGGCGGAAUAUCUCAGUACGAAAAUGGGUGACGUCGCGCCAAAUUUGGCUACUUUGAUCGGCGAUCAGGUCGGUGCCAGGCUCAUAGCUCAUGCGGGGUCUUUGACGAACCUCGCUAAAUACCCUGCCUCCACCGUUCAGAUCUUGGGAGCUGAAAAGGCAUUGUUCAGGGCACUAAAAACGAGAGGAAAUACUCCUAAAUACGGGUUAAUUUACCACUCGACUUUCAUCGGCAGAGCGGGAUCCAAGAACAAAGGCCGCAUUUCCAGAUACCUCGCUAACAAAUGUUCCAUAGCCUCCAGGAUCGACUGUUUCGCAGAAACACCCUCGCAUAUAUUUGGGGAAAAGUUACGACAGCAAGUUGAGGACAGACUUAAAUUUUACGAAACCGGCGACGUCCCAAAGAAGAAUGUCGAGGUGAUGAAGGAGGCCAUGGAGGAAUUCCAACAGGAGUUGCAGGUGCAGUCCGAGAAGAAGAAGAAGAAGAAAAAGAAGCGAAAGGCAGAAGCGUUAGCCGCCACGGCUGAAGACGAGGUUAACGGGGAAAUAGACACCGAGCCUCCCAAGAAGAAAAAGAAGAAGAAUAAUCCCGAGGUUUCAGAGGAAGUUCCCGAGGUUAAUGGAAGUGUCGAGGGAGGGGAACAGUCUCCAAAAAAAAAGAAAAAGAAGAAGAAGAAGGUUGCCGAGAACGAGUAGUUUUUUUGGUAACGAUUAUGAGAUAACAAUUUUUAUUAUUAUUUUUUUUAUUUCAAAUAACUAUAAUUUUAUGCGUAUGUGAAUUAAACAUAUAAUAGGUACAGCCGUGAACGGAGGAUUGAGGAAAUAUUUGUUUUACUAUACAGGGUGUCUUGUGAAGGAGUGCACAAAUUUUAAGGCUAAAAACAAGCAAAACAUUUAUAUAGACGUAGAUCCUGAAAUGUAUCGUUUUUCAAAUAUGAUCCUUCAGAUUUAAAAAAAUAUAUAUUUUAAGAAUA